UAAUACUGAAAAUACUGAAUACUGAAAAUCUACAAUAUAUGUGACGUAAACUAUGGAUUUUCAGUACUGGCAGCAACUGGCAGUGAAUAUCGGAACGCAGCCUAAAUCAGAAUGUGUCCACGAUCCGAGAACGGUCCAAGUUGGAUGCCAAAUAUAAAAACUACUAGAAAAUUAUUUCAAAUGUUAGUAAUUUUGGUUACACAUUUUCAAACAAACUGCGCCUUUUCGAUCUUUUUUUUCGAUUCCUAAUGGUAUAUCCACACAAACUUGCAUAAGCAUAUGCAUAAGGAAUUCGAUUGGUCUACUUUCUUAUGUAAGUGCUUGUAGACCAAUCAAUUUUCUUAUGUAUAUGCUUAUGCGCUUAUGCAAGUUGUGUGGAUAUUACCAUAAGUAAAGAAUCGAUUUUCAAGAAAAUUGAAUAGUAAAGAAUCGAUUUAAAAAAUCGAUUUUUUUCAUAAAAAAAUCGAUCUUUUGAUGAGUCGAAUCGGAAUCGAACAUCUCUAACCCUAUCAGUCUGGCACUCCGGCUGUACCUCAGUUUGUUUACCUGUGCAUUUAUAUUUAAAAAUGUCGUGUUGGAUACGUGGAUGUACUACAAAAAGUGGAAAAAAAGAUGCUUCUAAAAAGAAAAGCCUUUUUACAGCUUGCACGGAAAAAAUGUUUAAUAAUUGGCGUGAUAGUGAAAUUGCUGCAAGAGGUAUUAAUACUUUUAGCAAAACGAGCCGCAUCUGUGAGUUGCAUUUUCAGAAAGAUGAUAUUAUCAAAGAAGAUAUCUUUUAUAUGGCAGACGGUACAACUAUUACGGUGCAACGUAAGAUACCGAAGUUGAAAGAGGAUGCUGUUCCAUCUAUUUUUCCAUCAGUGAUUAUGUACUAUAAUGUAUUAAACCCCAUUAACAAGGAGAAAUUAAAAGAACAAAAUGAAGGAACAAGAAUUACAGACCAAUUAAAGAAUACUGUUAAUUGUUUCGUUUCCGUGCCACCAUGUGAAUCAAAGAAUCAUAUUUCACACCACGAACAAAAUUAUACAAAUGAAGAUAACGAGUUGCAAACAUGGAUUGAAAUUAAGAAGAAUUUUAAAAGUCUUACUCUUACAUCAGAAUACUGCAUCCCCGUAAUUACGGAUGAGAUGGCAAUGUGGACUUAUUGGAAAGAAGACUUGUCAUCCUGCAUGUGGCGUGUUAUACUUAAAAAAAACAUGAUACUUUGGGUUUAUGUUGGAGAAAGACAAAUUGACUCUCUAUGUGGGAAAAUAAAAAAUAUAGGUGGUAUUCAGAAUAUUUUUCAAAAAUUAUCCAAUGUCAAACCAUGUAAAGAAGUUGGCAAUAAAACCUGUUCAAAAUUGUGUGUUGGAUACUUGAUAGGAGAUAGUACGGUAUAUAAUGUGCAGUGCCAAAGAUGUUUACCAUGUGCAAAACAUUAUAAAGAUAUACUUAAAACAUCAAAGAUGCCCACGCUGCAGCAAAAAUUGUCAAAAAAUGGUCAAUCUCUCCAUGUGAAAGGUACAUAUAAAAAAGUCAGUAAAAUGUAUAAGAAAGAAAUGCGCUCAGGGAAAUGCACAGGCAGUGGAAGAUGCUAUAUGAAAAUUACCCAUUAAUUAGCAGUUGUCUGUGCAAACAUGUCUAACAACUUCUAAAGUAAAAAAUAAUAAAAUAAAGUGUAUAAGAUACACCACAGUGGGUAUAUAAAUGUUUGUCAUUGCGGAUUAAAAGCAGUAAUUAAAGGUUGCUACAGAUUUCAAGAAAAUACGUUUUUAAAGUAUUAAAAGAAAAAGUUCAAAAAUGAAACUAUCUAAUGUGCGUGGUACGUUAAUUUUGCUAAAGUGUUAAUAUAAUGUUUAUUAUAUGGCUUAAAGACUUUUUCUUACUAAUUAUAUUUGAUUAUUAUGUAUUUUUAUUGUUUAAUCGUUGCGUAUUUAUUGCAGCCAUUUUGCUGUUAGAUGAGAUAAAAGUUUCCAAAACAAUCGCAUUUAAUCGUAACAACUUUCAAUUUGAGGGUUCUACGAAUUUGGGAAAAUACACUCCAAAACUCGAUUGUACAAAAAAUGACAAGGUUACGCACAAAAUUAUACGAUUUUUCCUAAUCACAAGAAUGUUUUUUCUCGACAAACAAAAAUAAUAACAUUGAAAAAGAGCAAACAAAAGAAAGGAGAAAAUGUUCUAAGCUGAACCAGGCGAGUGAUGGAUAUUGCUACAAUAUGCAAUUUUCAAUGUCAAUCUGCAUCUGCUACCGCCAGGAAAUGCAUCUGUUAUCAUCGUAAAAGUAAAAUUUGCUAGGAAAAGAAAAUGCCAAAAACAACAAGCAAUAAUAAAUAAAAA